CAACUUCCGUUUCAGGGAGCCUUUAUUGCAUUAGAAUACCCAUCCACUAAACAGCAUGUCGUCUUUUUCGGAUUCUAACUUCUCUAAAAAGCUUUUUGAACUGAACAACACACAACAGAGCAUCCAGACGCUGUCUUUAUGGCUGAUCCAUCAUCGUAAACACUCUAGAACUAUUGUACAAGUGUGGCACCGAGAGAUUGCUAAAGGAAAGUCCAGCAAAAAGUUGACGUUCUUCUACUUGGCCAAUGAUGUCAUCCAGAACAGUAAAAAGAAGGGCCCAGAAUUCACCAAAGACUUUGCCACAGUCUUACCUGAUGCUGUCAGAAUUGCAUCAAAAGAUGCUGAUGACAAGACAAAGAGAUCAUUGGAACGUGUGUUGAACAUUUGGCAGGAGAGGGGUGUUUAUGUUAAGGAUUUCAUCAGGUCUAUGAAACAGCAGUUAACAAGCACCCCUACUGUGGUCCAGCCGGAACCAGUGCAGCAGACGGUCAAGAAGAAGAAGCAUGAACAGAACUUCCUGUCUCUCCGGGAGGAAGUAGAAGCCAUGGAGCCACUCCCCAUUCCUCCUGAAGUACGUGCUGAUAAUCUCAUCAAACGUUUGUCAGACCUUGAGAGUUCAGCUUCCAGUGACGCUGCUGUUAGAGAGAAGAUUGCAGCUUUGCCCCAGGAAGUAUCCGACAUUUCUCACCUUGACAAAAUUCAAGAUAAGGAAUCAGCGGAUCGUCUGUCGAAGCAGGUUGAGAGUGCGUGUUUUUUGUUGUCCGACUACAACCAGCGACUCUGCUCCGAGCUGGAGGAGAGGAAGAAGGUUGCCCGGAUGCUUCAUGAUUUUAUACAGCAUCAGAGAGAAUGCCUCACUGAAGCGGAAAGUAGGAUGACGGAAUAUAGAGGCAAACUUGCGAAAGUGACGACGGUACGACAGGAGUUAAAGUCUCACCUGCAGAACCUACCUGAUCUCACCCUCUUGCCCGACGUCACCGGGGGACUCGCCCCCCUUCCAUCAGCUGGAGACCUCUUCAGCUUAUGAUAGUCAUGUGACCACUAGGAACACUGGGAAGUGUAUUUGGCUUAAUAUCAAAUGUACAGAACGAAACUUAAAAUAAAUAAACCAUACUACAUUCUAAAAAAUGUAUGUUUGGGGGAAUUUUUUAAAAUGUUUUAAAGGUGGUGACAGAAUAAUGCAUUGAAUCGUCUUGUGUAGCAAUGAAUGUUGGUGGAUGAAAGAUUAUCUGGUUAAAACUGACAGUUUGCCACUGAUUCACAGUGACGUAUCACCUCCAAGGCCAAUCAUUUCAUUGUACACGCAGGUCAAUGUGCCAAAGUUAGGAGGCGAAUAAGAACAAUUUAAAGUGUUUCAGGGUAGUUUUAGGUUAAUUUAGAAAGACUAUUCUAACCUGAGACAGUUACUAGUCAGACCAGUGAUGAUAUGUAAGUACACACCCUUUAAAAUCGUGACUCCCCCCAGGAUGUAAUUUGACAGGGGGUUAGUGUUAGUUUGCAUCACAUGUUACUGCUAGAAGGGGAGUGAGUGAGUUAUUAUUUAACGUCACAUCGGCAAUAUCUCAGCCAUAUCGUGACGAUACUGCUAGAAGGACCACCAGAUCCUUUCAUGCUACCACAGUAAAUAUGAAAGUUAAAACGAAAGAAAACUGAACACUUAAAUGUCAUUAUCCAGCAAUAAUACUGUAUGUAGCUGGUUUGGCUGCAUAUAUAACCCCAUUCUUUCAUUCUGCCACUACCCGGUGUUGCCUGGAGGCUCUUGUUGUCAUGGUGACAGAUUACUGUAGUAAUAUCAAAGGAUCGGGUUGUUCUCAUUUUUUUUUUAGCAGUAUAUAAGUUGUAGCAACAGAUUCAGGGAGUUCAUAUUUAUAACAAGGAAACAUUUGGUCUUGGCAAAUAAGAAGGGAUGCUAUUAUUUGUACAUCAUCCGUAUCCCCUGUAAUAAAUGAUAAGAAACGGUCCAGGAGCUGUAUGUUGAACAGGGUAGCAAACAUGCCAAGUAUUUUUUCUGGAAGAUACGGUUGAGUGUCUGUUUUUCAUGCUGAAUGUCGACUAAUAUUUUUUUCUAGUAUUUCAUUACAAUGUUAGUCAAGAAAAAUACCAGUACCCAGAAUUGACUUUGUUGUGUAUUAUUUUAAAAAUUAACAAAAUUCUGGUAAAAUUUGCAAAAUUGCAGUUGUUACCAUGGUAUUGCAAAGUGCAGAAAAUACACCACAUUUUACAUCAUGGUUCUUAAAAUCAAAGAAAUCCCAGCAGAUUUCAGAAUAUUUAAAGGUGACCUUUGCUUAAUGUAAAUGGCAGUCCUAGCUCAGAGACAAGGCAUUGAUUACAAUGACAUAUGCAGAGGGGUGUUUGUGUUCUAUCAGUUUCAUUCUUUUAAUCAGAAUAUGAGAUUCGGGUGAGUUUACCCCCUUUAAGUGUCUGCUAUUUCAUGAUCUCCUGGUGGUUGUGUUGCUAUAACUGGAUGUUUGAUUAAUGACACUAAAUCAUGCUCACCACAGAGUUGCAGGGGUGGAAAUAACCCAUUGCCCGACGUCCGAGUCCAGUGUAUUUUUCUGUCGGGCAAGCACAUUUGUUUAUCACGCUGUACCGGUGUCCGGUUGACAUACCAA